ACUCUUCAAAAUCGGGCAGGAAGAAUAAUUAUGGGUUACCCAAAUGAGCACGGAUGCUCAGAAGCUGCUUUGACUGCGCUCGGGUGGAAAACACUUAAGGAACGUCGAUUUGAAUCUAAAGCCAUACUCAUGUAUAAGAUUAUUCAUCGUUUUGCACCUACUGCGCUUACUGAAAUAUUUUCUAGUGCUUCAGUUGCCAGAUCUCAUGACUACAAUUUACGUAAUUCUGACAUGAAGCUCUAUCUUCCUUUUCCUAAAACGGAAUAUUUAAAAAAGAGUAUAAGUUUCAAUGGUGUUAAAUUGUGGAACGAUUUACCUAUUGAAGUUAGAAACGCGGAAAGCCUAGGAAUUUUUAACUCGCUUUUAUGUGCAACUAGGCUGUCACGAUCUACUAGUUUGUAA